CACAAACAUGAAGUUCGUUCGCUUUAUUAUGAAAAAUGCCGCCAUGGCGAGUAUUCCGAAACAUGUCGAACAUUUCUCCAAAUUCUCUCCUUCGCCGCUUUCCAUCAAGCAAUUCCUGGAUUUUGGAUCCAUAAACGCCUGCGAGAAGACGUCCUUCGCUUUCCUGAGGCAGGAGCUCCCAGUGAGGCUGUCCAACAUCAUGAAGGAGAUCAACCUCCUGCCUGACAAGCUGCUCAGCACGCCGCCCGUGCAGACGGUGCAAGGAUGGUACGUCCAAAGCUUGAUGGAGAUCCUGGAUUUCCUACACAAGAACCCGGAUGACCACAAAGUCCUGGGAGAGUUUGUGGACGCCUUAGUGACCAUCAGGAACCGGCACAACGACGUGGUGCCCACCAUGGCGCAGGGCAUCAUCCAGUACAAGGAGACCUUCCCGCAGGACGCCGUGACCAACCAGAACAUCCAGUACUUCCUGGACCGCUUCUACAUGAGCCGCAUCUCCAUUCGCAUGCUCAUCAACCAGCACACUCUGAUUUUUGACGGCACCACCAACCCUGUGCACCCCAACACCAUCGGCAGCAUCGAGCCACACUGCCAGGUGGGCGACGUCGUCCAAGACGCCUACCACAGCGCCAAGAUGUUGUGUGAGCACUACUACCUGCGCUCGCCUGACCUCCAUCUCCAGGAGAUGAGCAGCAAGAGCAAGCAGCAGCCCGUCAGCAUCGUCUACGUGCCCUCGCAUCUGUACCACAUGCUCUUUGAGCUCUUCAAGAACGCCAUGCGGGCCACCAUAGAGAGGCACGAGAACCGAGACCUGCCGCCAGUCCAUGUUCUGGUGUCUCUGGGAGGAGAGGACAUGUCCAUCAAGGUGAGCGACAAGGGAGGCGGCGUUCCCUUCCGCCGGAUCGAGAACCUCUUCAGCUACUUGUAUUCCACCGCCCCGGCGCCACAGAUGGGAGAACACGUCCGACCUCCACUGGCCGGCUUCGGGUACGGGCUGCCCAUCUCGCGUCUCUACGCCAAGUACUUCCAGGGCGACCUGCAGCUGUACUCCAUGGAGGGCCACGGCACGGACGCCGUCAUCUACCUGAAGGCGCUGUCCACAGACUCCAUCGAGAGGCUCCCGGUGUACAACAAGACGGCCCUGAGGAACUACAAGGUGAGGCAGGCAGCAGACGACUGGUGCAUCCCCAGCAGAGAACCUCUGGACCUCAGCAGCUACAAGGUGGCCAAGUGAAGCAGAACCUGGUCCACCUAGACCCGCGCCCCUCCCCCGCAGCACCCCCGCGCCAUCACGGACCAGACAGGCUAGCAUGUUGUUUUCGCCCCCACUUUGGCUUCUUUGCGAGGGAAGGACAGAAAAACGGCGGCGUGCAGGACGGCGCCGCCCAGCGUAUCGGCGACGGCCGGACGAGGAGGAGGAGAAGUUGUCCCCCGCACCUGAAGGAUCAGACUUGAAGUGUUGUUCUCCACUCUGUGCUCACCUUUCAACUGACAUUUGCAUAUUUCAGUCACCUGAUCCCCUGGUGGUCAGGAACAUGCGACCACCAGACUGUGCCAUGGUGGAUGUUCCUUUGGCCAUGAGGAACCUUUGUAAAUACAGCAGAGAUAUUAAAGAAGAUUUAAAGAUGGGUGUUGUCCAAUCA